AUGAAUGAAAACGAGGAAGCACAAGUAUCUUCUUUAAAUAAUCUUCUACAAAAAAUUAUAAAUGAACCAAGUUAUUCUUUAACAUUAAUAUCAUCAAACGAAUAUGAAGAUAUUUUACGUAACACUUCUUCCAAUUCACCAAAAAUAAAACCUUUAUCAUUAUUAAUUUUAACGAAACUAUUUGAAAAUGUACUAAAAGAUAAAGAUUCUAUGGAAUUAUUUAAACAAAAUAGUUCAAAAUUUAUUAUUAAAUUGCUAAAUUCAACAAAAAAACAAGAAAAAUUAUAUGGAUAUAGCGCACUCGAAUCAAUUUUUCAAAUAUCUAAUGAUAUCGGUUCUUUCAUAUUAUUAAAAGAAGGUAUUUUAGAAGAUAUUAUGGAUUGUAUUGAAUUUGAAUCUGAAGACGUUCAAUGUGCUAUUACUGAAAUAAUAUCUGUAGCUUGUUCACAAAAAGAUUGUAGAGCAUUAGUGGCAAAUCAUUGUCAAAAAUAUUUAACAAGUUUAAUGUCUAGCAAAAAUCAAAAACUAAAAACUUUAGCGGCUACGCUUUUGGCUGGUUUAUUUCAAAAUAUGGUUUUGGAUACUGAUUCAGAAACAACUAUUCGUAUAAAUGCUAUUGAAGGAUUAGCUUAUUCUAGUUUAAAACCUGCUGUAAAAGAAACAAUAGCUUAUCAUCCAACUUUAUUAAAAGAAAUAUUUAAACUUGUGCAAGACUCAGAGAUGACGAAUAAUUCAUUAUUUUAUGGUGUAGCUGUAAUCUUGACAAACGUUACAACAUACAAGAAAAAAUUGAGUCAAUCCGAAGAACAAUUUCUUAAAUUAAAGAAAAUGUCAGGUGAAAGCGUAAAUAUUGAUCUGGAUCCUAUAGAUGAUGAUGAAUAUGUGAUUAAUCGAACAAAACAAGUUAUGAAAUCUGGUGUCAUUCGUCCUUUAAUUAAUAUGUCAAAAAAUUCUAGUCAAGCGAUUCGACAAUUAGUGGCCAAAAUAUUUCUUAAUCUUGCAACUGACCAAAGUAAUCGAGGUGCAAUUGUUCAGCAAGGUGGGGUCAAAGCUUUGAUUCCGUUAGCUACAAAAAAUACAAAAGAAGUUACUGAGUUUGCAAGUCACGCUUUAGCAAAAAUUGCCAUUACAAUGGACCCAAAUUUGGCUUUUCGUGGUGAAAGAUCCGCAGAUCUUGUACGUCCUUUCCUUUCAUUAUGUCAGAGAGAAAGUGAACUUUGCCAAUUUGAAGCUUUGAUGGCUUUAACAAAUUUGGGAAGCGCUGAUAAUGAUAUUCGAUUUCGUAUAUAUGACGCUAAAGGAAUCCCAAUCAUAGAAAAUUUACAAUUUUCUGAUAAUACCAUGAUCCGUCGAGCAGCAACUGAAUGUUUAUGCAAUAUGAUGUUUUGUGAACCUGUCUACAAUAUGUAUAGUGAUCCUAAAACUUCAUCGAACAAGAUUAAAAUAUUAGUUGCACUUUCCGAUGUUGAAGAUUUUGAAACUCGACGCGCAGCUAGUGGUGCUUUGGCAAUUUUAUCUACAAGUCCUGAUGUUUGUAAUAUGAUUGUUGAUCGACCACGUGGAAUAGAAAUAUUAAAAGACUUAAUUUCUGAAGAGUCAGUAGAAAUGCAACAUCGUAGCGCUGAAUGUUUCAAAAAUAUUUCAAAAGUUAGCAAAGAGAUGAGCCAACGAUUGGUUGAUGCUAAGGUUCAUGAAAAUUUAAAUUUAUUGAUUAAAAAUUGCAAGACUGAACCUGUUGUUGUCACGGCUGUUGAAGCAUUACAAGAAAUUGCAAAAUAUGGUUGUUUACCAAAGAAUGAUGAUGUUAAAUAG